GGGGAAACGCGGCAUCCCCCACCCCCUGCCGGCUGCCCACCCCUUCGGCAGUGAGCCUGGAGCCCCUGUCCCGAUGCCCUGGGGAGCCCAGGCUGAGGUUCACGGGAGGAGAGAACUCAGAUCAUGGCUUCCAGGCAGGGGAGAAGGAUGGUGCUGACGGUGGACGUGGUCGGGCCGGCGCCCUGGGGCUUCCGCAUCACCGGAGGCAGGGAUUUCCACACGCCCAUCAUGGUGACCAAGGUAACUGAGCGAAGCAAGGCCCACGCUGCUGACCUCCGGCCUGGGGACAUUAUCGUGGCCAUCAACGGCGAGAAUGCAGAGGGCAUGCUUCAGGCCGAGGCUCAGAGCAAGAUCCGCCAGAGCCCCUCGCCCCUGCGGCUGCAGCUGGAUCGGUCUCAGGCUGCCUCUCCCGGACAGGCCAACGGAGACAGCUCCUUGGAAGUGCUGGCCACACGCUUCCAGGCCUCAGCGAGGACGCACACUGACGGCCAGUCUUCCCUGAGGUCCUCCUACUCCAGCCUAGCCUCCCUCAGCCCCCGGCCAGGCAGCCCCUUCUCCAGCCCGCCCCCUGCCAGCCCGCAGGCCCUCGCUGGAGAGGCACCUGUCAGCUGCAGUUUCCAGAGCCUGGCACAUUCCCGCAGCCCCGCCUGGUGACUCGGCAGUGCUGGUAUUGCCACCCUCCCCCGGACCCCGUGCCUGCAGCCCCAUGCUCAGUGUGGAGAGGAGCGGCCACCUCCUGGAGGAGGACUCCGAAGUCUUCAAGAUGCUGCAAGAAAACCGCGAGGGGCGGGCGGCACCCCGGCAGUCCAGCUCCUUCCGUCUGCUGCAGGAAGCCCUGGAGGCUGAGGAGAGAGGUGGCACGCCUGCCUUCCUGCCCAGCUCACUGAGCCCUCAGGCCUCCCUGCCCACCGCCAGGGUGCUAGCCACCCCCCCAAAGCUCCACACCUGCGAGAAGUGCAGCGCCAGCAUCACGCACCAGGCCGUGCGGAUCCAGGAGGGACGGUACCGCCAUCCCGGCUGCUACACCUGCGCAGACUGCGGGCUCAACCUGAAGAUGCGCGGCCACUUCUGGGUGGGAGACGAACUCUACUGCGAGAAGGACGCCCGCCGGCGCCACUCAGCGACGCUGGCCCUGGGCUCCAAGGCCUGAGCCCCGCCCCCUCCUCCCCAGGCCAGGCCACGCCCACGCAAGAUGAGGGGCGAUGGUGGUGACUCUCACC